AUGUCGGACACCCCUCUUCCCCGCGACUUCGACGACGCCGACGACGACGCCCUCUCCUUCUGCGACCUCCACUUCUCCCCCCUCCACCAGCCCGACCCCCCUCUGCCUCCGACUUCGCCGCUCCUGGAGGCAUCGGACUUCGAGUUCUCCACCGCCGGCCCCACCAUCUCCGCCGUCGACGCCUUCCUCUUCUGCGGCAAAUCCAUCCCCUUCGACGAGCGCGCGCGCCGCGUCGACUCCCUGCUGCUGCGCUCCGACUCGUUCGGCCGCCUCAACAGCUUCCGCCGAGACGGCGCGAAGGUCCGGUUCGCGAGCGGGCAGCUCCUCCGGUCCAACUCGCUCCGAGUGGCGCGGUCGAGGAGCUCCGUCGCCCCGGCUGCCGCCUCCGUCGUCGGGUCGUCUUCCUCGCGGAGGAGGCAGUACCGGGCUCUGAUCGGGAUCACCAAGUUCCCCGCCAGGAUGGAGUUGAGCGACAUAAGGAAGAGGCAGGGCCGGCGAGCUCCGGCGCCGCUUUUCCCGGCGGCCGAAGGCGAAAAGCAGGACUCCGCCGCCGGUGGGCGGAGCGGCGGCCACCGGAGUCUGCUCGGGCCGUCGCGGUGUCGGUCCCACUUCGUGAACGCGUUGGCGAAGGCUUCUCUGGGAUGCAUUCCGCACAUGUGA